CUCAUCCUCGUCAAAACCACAGACAAAUCGAAUGCCGUAAAGUUUGUGUUCUAUUCACUCUCUUACGACACCCUCGACUGUGUUUCUCAAAUCCCGAUGAAUCUCCCUCUAGCACCCGUUCAUUUCCUCAUUAGACCAAAUUAUUACCUUAAGCUUGCCGCUUCCUGUAAUGGGCUACUAUGCCUUUACGAUUUCCGAACCAGCGGCUUCUAUCUCUGGAACCCCACCACACCAAAUGUAGGAUUCAAAGCUAUCCCGCCCUUGUUUCCUCCUCCCUCCAGCGUUGGGUUCGACUUCGACCCCAAUUCCAGCGACUUCAAGGUGGUUAGCGUUCGUCACGUUGUGAACGGCUCUGGUAUUUCAGCGCUGAUAGCGGAAGUCUACAGUAUGAGCAGUGGUUCUUGGAGACUGCUUGACCUUCGCGUGCCUUACGGUAUUUUUGCCCAUUCACAGAUUCUGGCUUUGGGUGGGGUUUUCUUAUGGUUGGCGGAGCAAGAUGGCGGUCAAAUUAUUUCUUUUGAUUUCACCGACGAGGUGUUCCGUACGACACCGCUUCCGUACUCUAGAGAUCCAUUGCGUUUUUAUCCCCAGUUGAUGGAGUUAAACGGGUAUGUUGCUAUGGCGAUUUUUCCUCUCGAUUGUAGGUAUAUAAAGAUGUCUUUGGAGAUAUGGGUUUUGCUCGAAUUUGGUGUUAAGGAGUCGUGGACUAGAUUUGUUAGCAUUGAGAUUCCCAUGGAUUUGGGAAGGCCAUUGGGAUUUUGGAAGAAAAGGAAGUUGUUCAUGGAGAACAGUGAGGGGCAGUUGGUCUUGUAUGAUCCUUUUACACAGACAAAAAAUUAUCUUCAAAUUGAAGGGCUUAAGGAAUCGUUCGAAGUUGUACUCCACACGCAGAGUUCGGUUGCCAUCAAUGGAGGGCAGGAUAAUCUUUGAGUUAUGGA